AAAGACCACACAAUACUAAGAAGAGGAGAAAAUCAAUUCUCCUCAAAUUUCAUCAAUUCAUCAAAAUGCAAAUGGAAACCAAUUUUUUGAUUCCAUUUUUCACAAUUUUCAUCCAAUUGAUGUCUACUCAUGUGAAACCCCAGCUGAUCGAGUCGCAAUUGAAUUUUCCUAGCUGUCCGGCGACUGAUCCGGCACUUAAUUACCGGCCGGUCAUCGGAAUUGUGAGUCAUCCCGGCGACGGAGCUUCCGGUCGUCUCAACAACGCCAGUGAUGUCUCAUACAUAGCUGCUUCUUAUGUCAAGUUUGCUGAAAUGGCUGGUGCUAGAGUUAUCCCGAUUAUAUAUACAGAGCCUCCUGAAAUUAUCAAUCAAAAACUUAAUCUAGUCAAUGGAAUUAUCUUCACUGGAGGGUGGAGCAAGAAGGGUCUCUACUUUGAAGUUGUUAAAGGAAUAUUCGAGAAAGUUCUGGAGAAGAAUGACGCGGGUGAGCAUUUUCCUCUUCUUGCCAUCUGCUUGGGUUUUGAACUUUUAACAAUGAUCAUCUCCAAGGACAAUAACAUUCUUGAGGAAUUCAGUGCAUUGCAUCAAGCGUCUACAGUACAAUUUGUAGAAAAUAUAAAAUUUGAAGGAACAGUUUUUGGAAGGUUUCCACCUGUGCUGCUAAAGAAGAUGACUACACACUGUCUUGUGAUGCAAAAUCAUCGUUUUGGUAUAUCACCAGAAAGGCUUCAAGCAAAUAAUGACCUGUGUGGCUUUUUCAAGAUAUUGACAACUAGUGUUGAUAAGAAAAACAAGGUCUAUGUCUCCAGUGUUCAAGCACAACACUAUCCCAUAACUGCACUCCAGUGGCACCCAGAGAAAAAUGUUUUCGAGUGGGGUUCAUCACAGAUUCCACAUACCGAGGAUGCAAUCCAAGUGAGUCAACAUGUUGCCAACUAUUUUAUCAGUGAAGCUAGAAAAUCUUCUAAUAAUAAGCCGGCGACCAGCAAAGUACUUGACAACCUCAUCUACAAUUACAGUCCCUCUUAUGCUGGGAAGGUUCGGGGGAGCUUUGAGGAGGUCUACCUCUUCACUCCGCGUCCUACCUUGAGCUCUCUGUAGAUGCAUGUGAACUGCAAAAGCAUCGACUAAUUGCAUGAUCAAAGAUUAUAGAUGAAGAUACAUGUCAUUAGUGGAUGUUGAUCACGGGUUGUGCUCGUCUUCAAAUUUCCAGUUAUUCAGCGAUCUCCCAGAAAACGAAUUACUUUACACUAAUUGGAUGAUGAUUGUUUAUAAUUGUUCCAUCAUCCACCUUCUGUAUUCAGGUUUGCAUGAUUUGAAUUGGAGCACAAGUCUCUGAACCUUUAUGCUUUCCAAGUGUUUGUAAUAAUUACAAAUUUUUAUGUUUUGUACUAUAAAGGAAGAUAAUUUAUAUUGAUAAACAUUCAUUCAUCAUUAGUGAUAUUGUUUGCUUACAA